GAUUAAAAAUAUUCAAUCAAUCAGUAGUACAUAAACAAACUUAACUAAUUAAUUAGUUAAUUAACUAGUAUCUACAGCUGCUGCAACGAGCUAAAUGCGGGCUACGCGGCAGACGGUUACGCACGUGCCAGAAGUGUGGCUGCUAUGUGUACGACUUUCAACGUAGGGAGUCUCAGCGCCCUUAACGCUGUGGCGGGAGCAUACGCGCACGACCUGCCGCUCAUCUGCAUCGUUGGGAAUCCAAGCAGUGCGCAGAUUGGAUCAUGGAGGUUCAUUCAUCACAGCGUAAGGAGUGGGUAUGACCUUUCGCAACGGCAUAUCUAUAGGGAGACCACCGUAGAUUCUGUUGCUAUUGAACACGCCGAGACUGCUCCAAUGCUCAUUGACAGGGCAAUUUCAAGUGCAAUCUGUCAUAGCAAGCCAGUUCUCAUCGAGGUGUGCUCAAACUUAGCAAAGGCAGUGGUGCCCGCGCCUAAUAGGUUUCCAUUUCUUUCGACCCCGGCAAGCAGUACGCAUGUACUGGAGAAAGCAGUGCAAGCGACAACACAGCUCUUGAAGGAUGUGAAAAAUGCAGUGGUGAUUGUGGGAUCUCAAGUACGAGCUGCAACAGCAGAGGACGCAGUGCUACGUCUCGUCCAAGCUUUAGGAUGCACUGCUGCAUCUAUGGCAGAUUCAAGAGGAGUCUUUCCAGAGGAUCACUCUUCCUACAUUGGACUUUACAUGGGAAAGAUGGCAAUUCCAUCAUCAUGCCGAGAACAGGUCGAGGCUGCGGAUGCCUGCAUCUUUGUUGGUGCGGCGUUUUCCGAUACCCUAACAACGGGAUUCAGCAUGAAAGUGAACUGGGCGAAGACGAUACAAGUUGGCAUCAAUAGAGUCAAACUUCCUUCGCAGGAGUUUGGAGCGAUCUACAUGAAGGAUUUCCUGAACGCUCUUACUGAGAGCAUCAUCAUGACGGACUCUUCUAAAUAUGGUUGUCACCAAAAUGGUGUCGUAAAAGUAAUGACCGAGCUCAUCUCCGACCAACGCGCUGCAGAUGCAUUCAAUCAUAGCAAUGGCACGGUCAGCACCCUGGCCACGGUGACCUCAGAACGAUCAUCUCGAACAGAGCAAGAAAAUGGCUGUCAUCAGUGUCAUGACCUCCCAGCCCGUGUGCUAUCCACUCGCAGGAGAACGUCACGUGAAGGGGCCAUGCUAAUCAUCUCUGUAGCGAUCCAAUUUUAACAGACGGAUGAUGCCCAAAGGACGA